AGAAAGAGCAGGCUGGGGAAGAUGAGCUGCUGCAGGUACCCCGUGGACGUGAAGGCUGUAGGCUUGAUGCAGUGUGGGAAGCAGAAGAGCUACAUGAUGGUUGUGUCCUGGUCAGAUCAGAACAACAUUCUCAUCUACAGGACAUUUGAAGACUUUAAGAAGUUCCAUAAGCAGCUGAAGAGAAGAUUCCCCAUUGAGAGCAGCUCAGUCAGGAAAAUCCCCAAGUUUAAAGAUGCAAAUGUGAAGCACAGAAAGAGUGGGAAGCCAAACAGGUGCCUGGAGGUACUGAAAGUGCUGGAAACUUAUUCCCAGAAGCUGCUGAAAACAGACACUCAGAUCUCUCAGGGUGAAGAGGUGAUUCACUUCUUCAAGGCACAGACUCAAGACCUAGAUCCCUCCUUUCCUGAAGACAGCCUUGUGAUCAUGCCUUCAGAAAUGGGAGGAGGAAAGAAAGACCAGACCUGGCAGCAGCUCCCUCCCAUCACACCCCCCCAGGCAACCCAGAGCUACAGGUGCAUUGAAACCUUCGAAACCAAAGACACAAAGAACAAAACUUUCCAGGUCACCCAGAAGGAAAUCGUUGAAGUGUUAAUGAAGGACAUGACUGGGUGGUGGCUUGUGGAAAAUGCAGACAAGCAGAUUGCCUGGUUCCCAGCCUCCUACUUGGAAGAGAUUGAUGUCCACAGGGACAUCCAGAAUGCCUUGACCUCCAAGGAGGAGGGCAGCCUGUACUACGUGGUACGAGCCUACGAGUCGCAGAAGGCAGAUGAGCUCUCGCUCGGCUGCGGCGUGGUGGUGGAGGUGCUCAGGAGGUCUGACAAUGGCUGGUGGCUCAUCAGAUACAAUGGCUGCACUGGCUACAUGCCCUGCAUGUGCCUUAAGCCCUACAAGAAUCCUCACCACAAGCUCCAGACCGUCAUUAACUGUGGCCUCAAUGUCUCCACCCCAAACCUCUGCUCCUCCCCGGUGGCUCCCCAGCCCCAGGGUGAGGCUGCAGGACACCACAGGGUCCAGGUUUGCUCUUCCCUUGACCAAACUGAAGAGGAUGUGAGCUCUCAAAGGGGCAGGUCAAAGUCUCUGCCCAGAGCCAGCUCCACCCCAGAGCUGGAGCUGGACAGCUUGUCCCUCAGCUCUGGGAGCAGCGAGCAGGACAACCGCCUCAGCUGGAAGCCCAGCUUGUCAAGAUCUCUGCCUGAAGUGGAGCAGGCCAGGAGCUCUCCCCUGGGCCACAUCUCAGCUGUGCACAGCAGCAAGUCCCCACGCCUCACCCACAGGGACAGGAACGAUUCUGGCUUUGUGGAGUCGUCUGCAGCUGACCUGAGCUCUCCCCUCGCUGCCCCUGACUUGGCCACUUGCGUGCCCAAGGUGCCUGCGCGCCCCUCAGCCCACGAGAUCCUCCAGAAGUGCAGCACUGUCACCAAGCGUGCCCUGCAGCAGUCCUCCUCCCCCCGGCCAGCCCUCCAGGCUCUGCUCCCUCUUCCCACCGUGCACUAGUGCCCCUCAGGUGGGCACGGGCCCAGCCCUGAGGCUCCACCGUGAUGGAGAGCCGAGCACCCUCCUCAGCAAUGCCCUGCAGGAGCCACGGGCAGCAGCAUUGGGGAGCGUCAGGGCUUGGGGAUGUCGCUUCUCAAGGCCAUGGUUACAUCCUGGUGGCACAAGGUGCAGGUGCUGGGGAACACCACUCGGUGCUGCAGCUCCACCUGGAGGUCUGGGAGGCAGGAGGGGUCUCACUGGAAUUAGUGGUUUAACUUAUGGGGGGGGGGGACACUACUCAGAGGUCACUUCAGGUGCAGCAAAUUCUCCCUCGGGCAGGUUUUUAUUCGCUCUGCAGUGUAGGAUGUGAACAUUUCAAGGUCAUAGAAUCAUAGAAUGGUUUGGGUUGGAAGGGACCUCCAAAGUCCAUCCAGUCCAACUCCCUCUGCAGUCAGCAGGGACAUCCUCCACUAGAUCAGGUUGCCCAGAGCCAUGUCCAGCCUCAUCUUCAAUAGCUCCAGGGAUGGUGCCCCAACCACCUCCCUGGCCAAUCUGUUCCAGUGGUCCACUGCUCUCCUGGUAAAGAACUGGUUCCUUGUGCUUGUCCUCAUGCUGCUCCCCACAUCCUGGACAGAGGGGCAGAAGCACCCCCAAAUCCAGAGCUACAGUGGGGGAUGGGGAAGGAUGGGGCUGGACAGGGCCCACUCUAGUGCAAUGUGUCCUCUUCACAUGGCAGAGGGGUUGGAACUAGAUGAUCAAGAUGCCUUCCAACUCCACCUAUUCUAGGAUCCCAUGCCAAGGUCAUGUAUCUGAACCCCUUAUUUCAUAGAUUUUUGUAAACUCUUUAAUUUUGUAGCAUUUCUUAGGGAGGGAGAUGGUGAAGCUUCUGUUUUAAAGUUAGAUCCAGUUGAUGUUAGGCCAGAUGAUGUUUUUGAUGACCACAUCUGCUGGGAGAACCAAGGAACUAAGGCUAGAAGCUCUCAGCUCUGACCAUUCCCUACCAGGAUGUCAGUGUAGGUACAGAAACAAGAGCAGCUGUAGCACAAGCUCUCAGCUCUGACCAUUCCCUACCAGCAUGUCAGUGUAGGUACAGAAACAAGAGCAGCUGUAGCACAAGCUCUCAGCUCUGACCAUUCCCUACCAGGAUGCCAGUGUAGGUACAGAAACAAGAGCAGCUGUAGCACAAGCUCUCAGCUCUGACCAUUCCCUACCAGGAUGCCAGUGUAGGUACAGAAACAAGAGCAGCUGUAGCACAAGCUCUCAGCUCUGACCAUUCCCUACCAGCAUGUCAGUGUAGGUACAGAAACAAGAGCAGUUGUAGCACAAGCUCUGAGCUCUGACCAUUCCCUACCAGCAUGUCAGUGUAGGUACAGAAACAAGAGCAGUUGUAGCACAAGCUCUGAGCUCUGACCAUUCCCUACCAGCAUGUCAGUGUAGGUACAGAAACAAGAGCAGUUGUAGCACAGCUCAUAAUUAUGGGGGCAAAAAGGGGCAGAGCUCCUUUUCAGUAGCAAAACAGCUCCCUGGAAGGAGGUCUGAUAAAGCUCACAGCAACCCUUACCCUCAACUCAGUUGCAGAAUUGAGUUAGGAGAAGUACUUCUGGGAAAACUUUUCUCUGGCUUGCUCACUUGUGUUGUUCUCCCAGAUCUGUGAAGGUUAUUUGUUGUUCCUUUGGUUUUUUGCACCAAGUUGGAGGUGCUGAUGUUGUUCUGAAUUUUAUAUACACUUAGGUCUUUUAAAAUAAAAAUCCACUGAAAUAUCUCCAAGACUGGAAUCUGCAGUUCAAAAACCUCCUAACUAGAGAAUUGGAAUUGUCUUCAUCUCCCUCCCUGGUGUUACCAUUUGUGGUAGGCACAGGUGAAACCAACCUGGCUUGGCUCAAGUUAUGUUUUGCUCAAGAAAGGGCAAUACUGGGGCACGGUUCAAUGGCCUUAGUGGUGUUGGGUUGAUGGUUAGACUUGAUGAGCUGAAGGGAUCUUUUCCACUCAAAACAAUUCUGUAUUCAGCAACCAGGCCCUGGCUGGGCUUUGGGAUGUGAUAGGACCUUGUCA